CUCCACCCCACAUUACCCUUUCAACCACCAACACGUCGCUGUAUUAUCACCUUAGCCAUCGCAACCGUUUUUGUCGCCAUCAAAAUGCCAGCAAGGGACGACAACGACCCAUCCCGAUAUCCUUCACACGGCCACCAAAAUAACGAAGACAACCCGUUCAUCGCUUUUCGCCGCUUCGCGGAUUCCCAGGUCUCCUCAUUGCUCAACACCGUCAUCACGCUUCCUGCCACCAUCGCAAACUACAACAACGCACACGUCGCUCGAGAGCAGUGUCUCUUCGGUCGUGCCGACAAACAGAAAUGCCACCGUCUUGCUGAGCUUGAAGCCCAGGUGGCGUCCCUGCGUGCAGAAGGUCGCGAACUUUACCAAGUGGGCGACCUACAGGCCAUGAUCAGGAAAGGGGAACAGCUCAUGCAUCUGGAUCAUCAAGCUGAGGAUAUUCGAAGGGAUAUUGUCGAGGCUGCGCGAUCUAGAAACGGUCAAAUGCAACAACCAUCGCCCGAUGACUGGAGACAGACACAAUCUAGGAUAAUGGAAAAGGUGGCAAACGAGAAAGGUCAGCAGUGGGGCUGGAUGUGGGAUUGGGGAUUCCCUAGGCCCUUUGAUGCUGAGGACGACAACAUAUGGCCGGACAGUACUAGGAAGAACGGUGCUCCUAGGAACAUGGAUUCACCGCCGAGCCCGCAGCAAGUUCAAGCUCAGAUCCAAGGCAUCUUGGACGACAUCGGCAGCGCUAUCGCCCGCGAAGUUCCCCGCAUUUUUGCCUCACCCUGGUACUCUCCUUCGUCUUUGGAGGAAGACAAGUCCCUGCAACGAUCCGGUAUAAACUGGCGCGAUGCAUUCGAAGAUCUCAUCCGCUCGGAGAAUGGUGCGCCUCUCAUACCCUCGGAUUCUCUUGGUCGGCAACAAGAACAGUCAUACAACGAGUGGGCGCGCCGAUUUCACGAUCCCAAGACUGCGCGGGGUGAAGUUGCAGCGUGGGUGGCUCAAACCGAGGACCAGAAACCCUCUUCUCCAUCAAAAGAAAUGACUUACCCCCUGUCAUCGUCUGCUGCCGAAGAGCCGAGUUAUGAGUACGGCCACGACCACGAAGACCAGCACGACGACAUAGAGACCGACCAACAUCCUCAUCCCCAGCAGUCGUCAUCAUGGUUCUCUUCAAAACCAGCUACAGCUCCUACUACGCGAAAAUCCCCAGAAACUGAACUAGAUGCAUACGAACAACUUCUAGGCCGCAUCCAUCAUCACCCUACCGAUUCCAAACCCUCCGAUUCACAACAGCGAGUUCCAUCGGGCUCUAUCCUGUCCACAAUGACAACUACUGAACGCACAACUGCGCCAGAUGGCACGGUCACAACCAGAGUAGUGCUCAAGAAGCGGUUUGUAGAUGGUAGAGAGGAGAGUAGCGAGACUGUUCAUACGCAGCGGGGUGAGCAAGUCACUGAAGAGAACCAUUCAUCAGUGAAUGGACAUUCCGAGGGGCGGAAAACAGGGAGCAAAGGGUGGUUUUGGUCGAGCUGA